CAGAUCUGGGUUUGUUUGAAGCCCACCCUUUAGCCCCCCUCAAUCACCUAGCAGAAUUCGUAAAAAUCACCAAGACAUGAGGGAAGAGGCGGCGUACGACGAGGUGCUGCGGAUGAUGGGGGAUACCGAGCGAGGUACCGACUGCACUAGCAUGUCCUCCACCUCCAAAGAAGAAGCCGUUUUUGUUCAAGAAAAAGAGGGAGCCACCGAAGGACAGACAAUUCCAACCACCUGAUCUGGAGUUGUUCUUCUCGAUCAACUAGGUUCCAUGUAACAUUGCCAGCAACAUCAAUACCGAAUUCGGUGCCUAGGGACGCCUGGGGCCGCCUGGGUUCAGCAUCGAUGGAUGAUGGGUAUUUUAGAAGGAAUUAUUCAACCCUUGCUGCAGCUGUAGCAACAAUAGAGAGUGAAGAGGAAGAAGUAGGUGAAAGCGAGGGAGAGGAAAGUGAUCAAGGUGAAGGGGAAGAAAAGGAGGGUAUAGAUCUGGUUUUGUUCUUUUGCUUAUUUUGUGUUUUCUAUGUGUAUUUUUUGAGUUGAUUAAGUGGUUUUCGUGUUAAUUAUUUUCGAGAUUAGAUCUGCAGUUGGCUUGUAUGUGAAUGUGAUUUGGCUUGAAUUGCUUUUUUUC